AUGGCAUUACAUUGGCUUUUGAACAACAGUGACUUCUAUAAGAAUUCAAACAUAAAUGUUGAUGAUAGUUGGUUUCAAGAAAUCACAUCUUCAGCAAAUGAAAUCAUUCAAGAAUUUGUUCAUACACAGACGAGAAGAGAUCAAAAUAUUGAUAAUCUUGAGACAGAUGAUGAUGAUGAUGAUGAAUUCUGUGAAGUAGAUGGAGUUGGUAGGGAUGGUAAUUGUGAUACUCUGUUAGAUGAUGCUUCUCAAGACAUGAAUCAGAUAUACACCUUUGCUCCAGGAGAAGGACAACGUCCCAUUAGUUUAUAUCAAGAUCCCACUGCAGAAUAUUUAUCAUUUCCAACAAUAUUUUGUGGAAAAGGAAGAUUACCAGAUGAUGAAAGACAAGUUCGUGUCUCGUAUGCAGAUUUAGCUAAAUGGGAAUUGAGAAGUGUUGAUAGACGUGCUGUCCAAUCUGUUCCCAAUUUGUUUUUUAAGUUGAAAAAAAUACAGAUGAAACAAGUUACAGACAAGUGCAACCUGGCUCUGAGGAAAUGCAAAACCAAAGGAAAAUCCAUGACAGCAAAUGAAAUGAAAAAUCCUGAAAAUGUGAGUAAUCUUGUUAGACACAAUGAAGGCUUCUUUGUAUUCAGGCAGUUACGAAACUCACCUGCAUAUCUUGAGACUAGAAAAAAGGAUGUAUUUGCUAUGAUCAGACAACUAGGUCUACCAACAUGGUUUAUGUCACUGUCUGCAGCUGAUACGAGAUGGAAUAAUCUCAUCAGAGCACUUGGUGUGUUAAAUGAUGGAAAGGAAUACACAGAUGAACAAAUUGACAGCAUGGCAUGGUUUGAAAAAUCAAAAUUGGUACAAAAGGAUCUUAUCACAUGCACUAGGUACUUUGAUCAUAGGUUUCGCAUAUUUAUGAAUUCUGUGUUGAGGUGUGACCACCAUCCAAUUGGCAUUGUGAAAGACUUCUUUUAUAGAAUUGAAUUUCAGCAAAGAGGGUCACCACAUGUUCAUAUGAUAGUUUGGAUAGAAAAUGCACCAAAAUAUCAUGAAAGUAGUGAAAAGGAGAUAGUAAAUUAUGUAGAUAAAUACCUCAAAUGUGAAAAGAAUGAAGAGGAUGAUUUCACAGGCUUACAAGUGCACAAACAUUCACAGACAUGCAAAAAGAGAGGUAAAACUGUCUGUAGAUUUGGCUUUCCCCUUCCUCCUCUUGAAGAGACUUUGAUUUUGGAGCCACUAGAGUGUGAUGUUGACAAAUACAGGAAAAUGUAUGAAGAAAUUCAAAAACGGCUGAAUGAUAUGAAAAAUGGAUGUGAUUUGUCCUACAAGGAACUUCUGAGCACAGUACUAAAGAUAUCCGAAGAUUACAUUAAAUGCAUUAGAAGUUCACUGAGAGGUCCAAAGGUUUUUCUACAGAGAAGGCCAUGUGAUAUAAGAGUAAACUCCUACAACAGUGUUGUUCUUGAUGCUUGGAAAGCUAACAUUGAUAUUCAGUAUAUUUUGGACCCAUAUGCCUGUACAAUGUAUAUUGUUUCUUAUAUAAGUAAAUCACAAAGAGGGAUGAUCGAUUUACUUAACAGAGCUGCAAAGGAAGCUAGAGAAGGAAAUCUUGACAUUAAAAGACAGGUACGUCAUAUUGGAAAUCAUUUUCUCAACAGUGUAGAAGUUGGAGCUCAGGAAGCAGCAUAUUUAGUAUUACAAAUGCCAUUGACCAAGGCAUCAAGAGAUGUUGUUUUUAUCAACACAAGUCCAUCAGAUGACCGAGUAAUUCUCAUCAAAACAGAUGCUGAAUUGGAAAAGUUGAAACCAAAUUCUACAGAUGUGGAAUGCAGCAAUGUUAUUAAACGGUAUGCAAAACGCCCAAAACAACUUGAAAACUGGUGUUUAGCUGAUUAUGUAUCACAACUAGAUGUUGUAUUCCCAAAAGAUAAUGAAAAAGAGUUCACUGAAAAUGAAGUGAAUGAUGAUGAUGAUCUGGACAAUAAGUCACAUGACGAAGAUGAUUCAGAUCUUGAUUUUGGUGAAAGUGAUACACUUGUUACUCUGAAAAAUGGCAUAAAGUUAAAACGACGAAAAGUACCCAGGGUAAUUAGAUAUGUGUGGUUUAGUAUCAAAACUGAUCCAGAAAAUUACUAUAGAGAAAAACUAAUGUUGUUCAUGCCUUGGAGAAAUGAAUCCGUUGAUCUAAUUUCAGGAACAAAUACAUUUGAGAAGUCAUUUCAUCUGAAGAAGUCCUUUCUUACACACAAAGUCAAGGAAUAUGAAUUCAAUGCUGAACAGCUUGAUGCAGCUUUGCAAAUGGCAAUAGAGGAUUUUUCAGAAGCUUUUGAUGAAUUGGCACCAAAUGCUCAACAAAGAGAAGCAGAAGAUGAAAACGAGGGAUCUCUUGAAUCUGAAAACUUUGUUCAGUUUAAUCCUGAGAGGCCUGUUGAACAGAGACAGUAUGAUAUAGGAGGUGAUAUUGGUAUUCCAUCCACAAGACAAAUAACAGAAGAAAGUUCUGUUAGAUUACCAGACAGUGAAUACUUGAAACUUUUAGGAAGUCUAAAUGUAAAGCAGCGAGAAUUUUUCAAUCAUGUCUUGCAGUGGGUCAAAACAAAGACAGAACCUAUUUAUUCAUUUUUAUCUGGGGGAGCUGGAGUUGGCAAAUCUGUUUUAAUAAGAGCUCUUUAUCAAGCUCUGCACAGAUAUCUAUGUUCCACAGAAGGUGAAAAUCCAGACGACAUAAGAAUACUUCUUUGUGCGUUUACAGGCAAGGCAGCAUAUAACAUUGGAGGGGCAACUAUAGCAUCUGCUUUCCAUCAAAAAAUUAAUCAAAGCCAACAAAGUUUGCACUGUGAUGAAUUGAACACUUUUCGUAGAAAGUACCAAAAUCUAAAAUUGAUCAUAAUUGAUGAGAUAUCGAUGGUUGGUAAUAGAUCAUUAGCACUCAUUGACAGUCGUCUACAGCUUCUCACAGGCAUCAAGAAACCAUUUGGUGGCAUUAGUAUCAUAGCUGUUGGUGAUUUCUUUCAACUUAAACCCGUGAUGGACCGUUGGAUCUUUCAGGAUUUAAAUCAUGCUGCUCAAGCUCUUGCAAACAAUCUUUGGAAGGAGCAUUUUUGUAUUUUUGAGUUGGAUGAAAUAAUGCGACAGAAAGAUGAUCUUGAGUUUGCUCAACUUCUUAAUCGCCUUCGUUACAAUGCAUUAACAGCAGAAGAUAUGAAUGAAAUAAACAGAUGCAUAAUAACAGAAGCGAGUGAGAAUUAUCCACACCAUGCUCCUCAUCUCUUUACACAGAAUUCUAAAGUAGAUGCAUACAACAAUCAGUUGAUUGAAAAACUUGAAGGAGAAAAGAUCACAAUGAAUUCAAUGGAUACUGUUCUUAAGGAUUAUUCAAAGGAACUUAAGGAAAAGCUCCUCAGGUCUCUCUUGAAAGCAAAUGAUGUUAGCAAAACUGCCAAUUUGAUGCAAAAAUUGAUUCUUGCUGUGGGUAUGAUAUAUGAUAUCUUUGUCAAUGUUGAUGUAACUGAUGGUUUAACAAAUGGGUCAUCAUGUAAAGUACAAUUAAUUGAAGGGAGAAUUGAAGGCACAUCAAGGCCAAGCAUUGUUUGGGUAAAAUUUCUUGACUCUGGUAUUGGAAAAACAACCCGCAAGAAAUAUAAACAUUUGUUUCAUGAUGGAAUCACUGAGGACUGGAGACCAAUUUUUGAAGUUCAGCGAUCUUCGUAUUAA